ACUAACAACACCAUGUUCCAAAUUCAAUCACUGAAACACAAAAUGAACCUCAUAAGAGUCACCAUCCGUCUCAUCGCCGGAGAAUCUCAACUACUCCGGCGACUCUCCACCGCCACACCGCUAGUUCCGUAUGAAAACCCGUCGGAAAGCCGCCGUAUAAUCGACAAACAACUUCUGCGUAAGCAAAUAUGGGCGGUAGUGAAUACAGGGGAGAAGGUUUCAGCCGUUUUAUACAGGAUAUUGCAUAAUGGGGAGCAUGUCAAGAGGACUGAUCUUCUUUCUUGCCUUAAAGAUCUCCGUAAGUCUGGCCAUUACCAUCAAUGCCUUGAGAUACUUGAUUGGAUGAACAAAGGUAAAUUCGGCAAUUCUGAUACAGACUAUGCAUUACGUAUAAACAUAAUAGGUAAAGUUAAGGAAAUCAGUGAUGUUGAGAACUACUUUGACAGCAUUCCUUCUGAAGCCAAGAACAAAUAUACAUAUGGAGCACUUCUAAGUUGCUACUGUACUAAAAUGAUGACGGAUAAAGCAUUGGCUCUUUUCGAGAAGAUGGAUGAACUGAAGUACACGUCCAAUGAUCUGGCCUUCAGUAAUCUCAUGAGUCUUUAUAUGAAAACAGGCACACCAGAAAAGGUGACUUCUCUUGUAGAAGAGAUGAAGAAGAGAAACAUACCAUUACACAACCAUAUAUACUAUAUCUGGAUUCAGAGUCAUAGAUAUCUUAACAAUCUUGAGGGUGUUGAACGAGUUAUGCAAGAGGUUGAAGAACAAAACUCUGUAAAAGAAGAUUGGCAAAUAUAUAGCAACCUUGCUGCAGUUUAUAUUGAGGCUGGUCAAUCUGAAAAAGCUAAUGUUGCCUUGAAAAAGGUGGAAGAACUGUUUGAUAAACCUAAAAAAGCUGACAGAAAAGCAUACCAUAUUCUGAUUUCAAUGUAUGCUAGUAUUGGUGAUUCAGAGUCUGUUUAUCAGGUAUGGCAGAAACUGAAGUCAAAAUUCAGUGUUUGUCCGAACAUGAGCUACCUUAUAAUGCUUCGAGCUUUGUCAACGUUAGAUGAUAUUGAAGGUCUCAAAAAGCUGUUAGAGGAAUGGGAGUUGAGUUGCAUAAGCUAUGAUGACAGACUACCAGCUGUUUUAAUAGGUGCUUUUCUGAGGAAUGAAAUGGUUGAAGAGGCUAAAAAGCUGUUGCAAAAAGCUGAAGAAAUGGCUGAAUUGAAAGUGAGGAUUGCUCAUAUCAUUUUCCUGAACUACUACUUGGAGAAACAUCAACUUGCUUCUGCUUUGAAGCAUAUGGAAGCAGCAUUAGCUGGUAAAUGGAAGCCAUUGUCAGAAAAGCUUGAUCCUUUCUUUGAACAUUUCAAAGAAAAGAAGGAUGUUAAAGGUGCUGAAGAACUAUGCCGAAAGAUAGAGGAAGUUCAGCCUCUUGACUCGCGGACCUACUCGUGGUUGCUUCAGAUUUAUGCAGUUGCAGGUCAAACAGCCCCGAAGAUGCGUCAAAGGAUGGAGGAAAGUGGUGUAGAUAUUAGUACUGAGCAUGAAGAGUUACUCCAGAAGAUAUGCUAGGUGUGCAAUGCUCUUGAGUCUUGACAUCCUUUUAUCGGGGGAAAUGCUUUAUUUUGCAGUACCUUUGAUUUAGGCGAUGUUCUUCACCUUAUUUUGAUUGCUUAUUAGACCAGACCAUACCAGAAAAAGCUAAAAACACUUACAGAAAACAUUCACCUGAUACCAAGGUGUUAUUGUUAAUCAAGGUGUUAGACGUUUGCAAUCUAGUCUGCAGCUAUAUUUGUUUCUUUGUAGAUAUGCUUGAUUUCUCAGUGUUCGAACUUCGAAGUGUAGGAGAGAGCUUUGAUGUCUGUAAUUAUAUUAUGCAAUUUCCAUGGAACAACCCAAGUUCCUUUGUGGCGUAGAUGAUGAGCAGAUUGUCACCUUCAAUGAGAAGUCUUAUGAUAUUUUGAUUUCAUUAA